AUGUCGGUGUGUUUAGCUGUGACCAAGAGCAUCGCUGUUUCCUCGCUCGGCAUCUACGCCGGUAUGCUGACGACCACCACGCUGGUCUCCUACAUCACGCCUCUUAAGGUAAUCACCCAGCAUCUAAGUCCCGUCAUUUGCAAGCUGGGCGAGGUCGCCUCCGUCCUGGCCACCUUGUCGACCGGUUUUUUCGCCGCCAGCUACUUUGGCGCCCCUCCACAUCUCAGACACCCCUAUCUCCUAUACGGCGCCCUGGUCGCUCCGGUCUCCGCGCUCUACCUGUGGGCGAUCUCGCGCUGCAACCACAAAUACUACAGCAAGAGGGGCUGCCGCCGCGGCGGCGACGCGGAGGACGCGUCCUCCGCGCCACAGCUCAACGACUCCGUCGUCGACUUGGGCAAGGACGCACCUGCGGGCCAUCCCGCCAUCUCGGAAAACAGCUCCGCCAAGUGCCCAUUCGCUCCGGCCUCCAAGGAGUGCCACUGCCACAGACCGCCAAGAUGCCAAGCCAAGAUUGUUGCCCACUUGACUCUGAUCUCCGCAGCGACUGUCGCAGGCUUCGUUGCCUCCGUUGUUGGUGUCUACGGCGAAGGCCAGUUUGCCUAA